CGCACGGCAGCAGCAGGAAAACCACAGCUCCCGGGAUGCAGCGUGGCGCUGUCUGGUUCGGCUGCGCUCCUGAACGCGGAAACGAGGCGGCGGUGUGGAAGCGCUGGCAGGGGCUGAGCGUGCUCCCGCGUCCCAUGGCGGCGCUCGGCGCCUACCGCUGCAUCGAGUGCAACGGGGAGGCGACGGAGCUGUACCGGGACUACCAGCGCGGGGUGCUCCGUAUCUCCAUCUGCAAAUCCUGCCAGAAACCUGUGGAUAAAUACAUUGAGUAUGAUCCUGUUAUCAUCUUGAUUAAUGCUGUUUUAUGCAAAGCACAAGCAUACAGGCACAUUCUUUUCAAUACAAAGAUAAAUAUUCAUGGGAAGCUCUGCAUAUUUUGUUUGCUCUGUGAAGCUUAUAUCAGGUGGUUGCAACUACAGGAUUCAAGCCAAAAUACAGAUCCUGAUGACUUAAUCAGAUAUGCCAAAGAAUGGGAUUUUUAUAGAAUGUUUGGCAUAGCUUCUUUAGAACAAACUUCCUUUUUCAUUGGCAUUUUUAUUACCUUGUGGUGGAUGACACCUGAGAUGCUGAAAAGAAAGUCUGACUUCAUUUUACUUCUCAAAGCACUGCUGUUGUCCACCUAUGGAAAGCUGCUGCUAAUUCCAGCUGUUAUUUGGGAGCACGACUACACGCCUUUGUGCCUUGCAUUUAUAAAAGUGUUUGUCUUGAUAUCAAACUCACAGGCAAUUAGAGUUACUUUGAACUUGAACCGAGUACUCCCUUGGUUUGCCAUCUUCUUUGGAUUAAUUUUGGAAAAUGGCGUGGUCUGCUUGUUCCAGAAAAUGGGAUGGGAUGUUUGAAAUGUCAGCCCAGUGAAGAAAUACCAACAAGAUGAUGAUAAUUUUCUAAGAAUGAUCUCUGCCAGCAGGCUCCAAUAACACUGUUUUCACUGGGAUAAAGAAGGUGAUAGAUAACAAAAAAGUGGUAGAAGUUUGGCUAUUUACUGUGCUGAGACAUAAAACUUCAGCCUUAGGUUGUUUAUUCUUGCAAUAAAAAUAUGAAUGUCUCACUAUCCUAACAGUUCUAUAAAUCUGGCUGCAUAGCUGUGGCUGUAAGAACAAAGGUACACUAAAAAAACCUAGCCCUGCUACCAAUCAGUGCAUUUUGGCAGAGAGAGGAGGAUGAAUUGUUCCCUUAAGAGGAAGGGAGUCAGUGGAAAAAUGUAAAAGCCAAAAUUUAUAUUUCCGCAAAACCGGAUUUUCAAAGAGAAAAGUGAACAUUUGCAAAUAGUUUAUUAGAGAAAAGGCCAGUGUUCCAGAGUGAAACUACAAUGGGAAAACCAAGCUGCAUGUUACUGGAAUGUUUGUGUAACGAUCCAAAAUAAUAAAACAUCUAGUUCUAGAGUAAUCUCUAGGAAUGAUAGGUUUAAACUGCCUUAAAAUUUUACGUGAUCUAAUAAAUGCUGCUUUGUUCUGAAAGCGGAAGAGUGAAAGGACUAAUCCCCAACAUGCAGGGCUGUUGGGGAUAGCACUUCUGUAUUUAAGUCACAUCCCCACACCCAGUCCUCAUCUGGCUGUACAUUUAGUGGAAGCAAAAAUUGAGACAUGAGGCCAUUCAGCAACAGAGUAGUACUUUAAAAAUAAACAAACAACAUGGUUAGUCCUAAAUUAAUGAAGAAGCAUUGACAGAAGUUCUACACCUUUGUCCUCAGCAGGCAAAAGGAGAGCUAAGUAGCCCACAAAGGAACUGACAGGAUCCAUUUCCACAAGACAGUAAAAAGGACACAAACCCACUUUUGUGCAGGCCAGUUUCCAUUCAUUCCAUCCAAUAUUUAACUCUCCUGCUUGAGUUCUGGAAGGCUGUACUGUCCAUAGGGAUUACUUCCAUUCUUUGUUUUCCUCAGAUGCUGUCUCAUGUCUGUGUUUUCCACAAUGAAUGAAAAAACAUUUUGCAACAUCUUCAAGUUAAUUCCCAACACAUUUAGAGUGAGUCUAGAUUACGACCACAGAAGACAUCAAACCUGUUUGUCUGAUGGAACUACCCAUGCUGUGCAAGUUAGUUGAUCAGAAAAGCAAAUGGUUGCUGAUUCUCUUUUAUUAAAUCAAAGGCUAACCACUUCUGUAAUUUGUGUUACACUUUGCAACUUCUUGAGCAUGUCAAAGAAAGCAAAAAAACCCCCAAAUUGCAACAUUUUUAAGUAUGUGAGACUCUUGAUUUGAUUGGUAAUGAAUUAAUUUCCCCAAGUUGAGUCUGUUUUGUCCAUGACAGUAACUGGUGACUAAACUCUCCCCAUCCUUAUCUCGACCCAUGAACCUUUCCUUUUAUUUUCUCUUCAGUGCCUAGCUGGAGAAUGACAGAGAAGCUUUGGUGAGCACCUGACAUCCAGACUGGGUCAAUCCACCACAACUCUGGAUUGUCUCUUCAGAAAAACGUGCAUGACUUCUAAUGCCAAUUUUGAUUUUCUAACAAUGUAACAACAGUGUUUUGGUUUAUUCCUCUUAGGUUAUAGAUUUUAUUUUUUUAUAUUCAUCAUAUGUGUCAUGGUUAUCUAUACCCCCAACAAAAGAGGAUUUUGGUUUUUUUCAGGUAUUUGGUCUGGCACUGAUUUCAGUCUAGAAGCUGAGUGGAGCCUAUUUAAGUGUAACUAAUGCAGGUUAUUAUAUGUGAACAUGAUGUUGUCAGCAGCAAAAUUGUAAAUACAAUGUAUGUAAAUUUUAUUUGAGGAUAGUCUUCUUAAAUUAAACUUUAUUUUGAAUUUUUAAAAACUGAUUUCAGGUAUUUUCUGAGUUUUUUCUCAGAACACCUAGAAUGGACAGGAAUACAUUGUGAAAGCAGCAGUGUACCUAUUGUGUCACCUACACUGACAACGUAUCAGUUUUGCACUCUGUAAUGCUGCCAGGAGCCACCACUGCCCUUACACAACUUUGAAGCAAGAGAAGACUAUUAAAAACAACAGAGCUGUGGAACAAAAGCAGGUGUGGUACAGGUUCUCAGUUCUCAGUCUUCAGAGGCAUCAUUAGUAAUGUAGGGCAUUCAGCAUUGUUUGGUGUUAAAGCUACUCAUUUACCAACAGUAAAAUGACAAAUACACUAAUAUUUCAUAAAUCUAGGGGGAGCUUAAGAGAGAAGAUUUAGAGAGAACCAAGAUUAUUUUAAGGUUCUGCCUGUUUAAAGCUAUCACAUCUCUCUUGCUUUUACUUCUUUUUGUCUUUUGAACUCAUAUUUUUCCCAUUAACUUUUUGUAAUGAAACAGUUUCCUAUGCUGGAAGAUGGAUGGCAAAUACCCUUUCUAUGUAUCAUUAUUUGUUUCAUUAGCUUAGAGGAGAGGAUUUGAGUUAAAAAUACAGCAGCCUGGAAGUGAGCCUGUAGAAACUCCUUAAGUUUUGCUUGGAAUCAGAAGGGGUAUUGUGGCCUGUGGAGCAAAUUCAGAACAUUGCAUGAAAUGUACAGAAGAACCAGGGGUGUUAUUGAGACUUGGAUUGAGCAGUGGCUCAGUGAUUGUGCAGUGGGUGCUGAACACUUCUGUGAGUCCAGAGGCCAUGUAGCAAGUAUUUAGAAAUUAGUGUUUGCAGAACUGGAGAAUUACACUAAAAGUUAAGGAGGGUUAAGAGAGAAGGUAGGAAUCUGGCAGACUUCUACAAAAUUAAGAUGGCAAUAAAAACUAAGGAGAUAGCAUCUCAAGAAAAAUAUGUAAGAAAAUACAAAUUAUAGAUACUUAUGAGUGUAUCAUUAUGCAAAUAUAAAAACAUUCUACUCCCAAGUUUACAAAUUAUAAACAUGAAAGAAGAGUAGAAUUUACUGCAGACGUUUUUGCAAUAGUCUGACAACACAAGACAUAGCAAAAGAUGUCUUCAAGCAGUAAAGUCUAUGAGUUUUCCCUAGAAAAAAUACCAGUAACCUCAUUACUUCAAUGGUUUGCACUAUAGCCUUGAAAAUACACUUUUAUAAGGCAGAAUUACCAAUUGCACAGCGAUAGAAUUAGUCACUGAAUAGGAAGAGCUGUGCAACAGCAGAGCUUCUCCCUUCAUUCUGCAUUAGUGUGUGCUACAUGAGGCUUCACUGGUGCAAGGGCUACUACCCUUGUGACCUCCUGCACAUACAGACAAGGGAGCCCUUUCUUGCACACAAGCCCUAUCUCAGAGGCAUAUAAGCUGCCAUUUGUUACCCCAGUCUCCACCAAACUGAAAAUAAAGUAGGACAUCUGUACUGGAAAACUAUUAGCUGAUUUCUCAUAAAACAAGCAGGCCCUUGUUUCUCAGGGGCUUGCCUGCUUUUGCAUUCCUUGAGCCCUUCCCAGCAGGAUAGUGCUAAGCACUGCAGUGCCAUCUGGAGUUGAUAAGGAAACCUCUGUUGAUUUCAAAACUGGAAGGACUACACAGACACUUAGGUGGUCUUUGAUUAAUUUUUGUUUUUUAAAAUCACAAAUCCAAGCUUUUAAAAAUGAACACCCAUCUUCAGUUUAGAGAAAUGUGAGAAUGAAAUUGGUGAUGAAAAACCGGUCACAAAAUAGUUGUUUUGGUGACUUGGUAUCAAGGUCCAUUCAAGAUACAACCACAAAAGCUAUAAAAUGCAAAUUAUUGCAGGACAACAUCUAAAAACCUACGUAGUCCCACAAACUGGGAUUAUUCUGAGUCUUGUUGACUCAAAAUUCUUGUUGACUCUUCAAAAAUUUAUAUGGCAAGAGAGAGAAUGAAUGCAUUCCUCUGCUGCUAAAAAUCAAUAGGAUUUUUGUUUAUGAAUUAAUUUGAAACUCAGGUUUCUGCAGUUAAAAUUUGCAGGAAGCUGUAUAUAACAAGAUUCCCGUUUUCUCACCUGCCUCUUAGCUGUUCUGACCUUCUUAGUCUUUCCAGUAAUGCUUAUUGUCUUACUGAGGUGGCAAGAAGGAAGAUGGGAACAUAAGGAGCUUCAUAAAGUCUUUUUCCUAAACAUGAUCUGCUGUCCUAAAUUUGUAAAGUUUUUUUGAGCUCUGUGUAGACAAAUGACAGGUCUGCAAAGCAACUGUGGAAUACUGCUAAUGACAUUUUAAUUGCUUUUCAUUAGAAUAAUAUAUAUUGUUUGGGGUUGGUUUUUUCCCCUGGGUAAAAAUGUGAUUUAAAUUCCUUUACAUAGAAGCAUAAGAGUGUGAACUUCAGAGUUGUCACAUGUGUUGGCUGCUGCUGAAAUAAAUCCAAAUGAUCCCCUUGAUUUCUUACAAUCUCUAACUGUAAUUCUAAGGACAAUUUUUAGACAAAAGAACUGUUUUUCUGCACAGAAGUUCAUGCCAUGGCUCUCUGAGCACAGGACUGGGGACCUGAAUUAAGACCUGAAUUCUAAUCCUGGCUUUAAGACCGACCAGUGCCGUGACCUUGAGCAAGUAAUAUAUGUGGCUCCAUAAAGUGAUUGUAUCUCCACCAUCACAGGAUUUGGGGGAGGAUUAAUUUGUUCAUGUCUGCUUAGAAAGAUGAAAAGCAUUAAGUCCUUUCAGGUGCAGGUUGUUAGGAGUCAGUCAACACCGUGAAUGUCAGAUAGGAAACAGACAUGCCAGGAGCCAGAAAAUGUGAAUAUUAAAGGUGACAUGUUUAAAGUCUUUGUUACACUAAGGGGAGCUUUAAUUCUGACCCUCACUGGCAUGCAGUUCUGGAAUGUACACAUCUGAAGACUUUUAGGGGUAUAUACAGCAAAUCACUAAUCCCUUAUUAUGAUUUUGAAGUUAUUGCAGCUGUUGUGUGCCAGAAUAAAUCUGAAGUUAAUUUAAAACCUUGGAGCAAAGGGAACUGGCACGUUAGCUGAUCUUACUUUCAGCUAUCUAAAAGAAAAAAAUAUCUAAAAGAAAAAUAAGAAAAAAUACUUUAUUUGACAGUUUGAGACUUUCAGUUAGAAAUCACUGGUACAUUUUGCAGAAAAAUAUUUCUUAAAAGAAAUACUACAAACCAUUGGUAUCUUUUCAGUAAACAAAUACAGAAACAUCACUCAGAUUUAAACAAGAAAACAAAAUCUCAGCAACAUAGAAGCACUUCUACUCACCUUGCACUCCUUCCUCAGAACUGCUUAUUCACUCUGUAAGCAUCUGUGGGUGUUACCUUUAUAGUGAUUCCCUACCAGGCAAGCUGCAGCCCAUCUGAUGCUGUCAUUCAUGCAUCACUCCUUAACUUUGAUCCUUUCUUUGGUCUCUCACUUCACUUCCAGAACAAAGCUUUGGUUCUAACCAUCAAAGCCACAUAUAUAUCAUGUCUUGGCUGCAGCAGGGAUAGUCUCUCUUUCUCUCAGUAGGGCUGCAGCAUUCUUUUGAUCACUGAAAAUCAAAAGCCAACAGAAGUGUAGUAAUAACUAGGAAGAAAAUAUUUCCCAUUGAGAACAUCCACUGCAUAAUAAUGCCACAUACCAGCACCAGAAAAAAUAUUUUGGAUUUUGCAAGAUAGGGACCAAAAGUGAAUGUGUCACAUUGAGCAUACAUCUUAUAAAUUUGUCCAAAGCAGGAAUCUGUUUCCACCUAAGGACAUUUAUCCUACUUAGUAGUGUGAAAAUGGCAGAUGGGUUGCACAGCAAGGAAGGCACAAUCCAUCUCUUACUCAUUUUUGUCCUGGGAGAGAGCAAAAUGAAAAUAAAACACAGAUGAUUCAUGAAGAAUUUUUUCAGGAAUGGUGGAUGUUAUUUGAACCCUUUUCUUUAGAGAAGCAAAUUAACUUUGCUGUGGACGAACACAAUGGCAGAUAUUUCUUUACACAACCACAUGACAAGACUUAGUUUGUACUAAAACUCAUCUUUUCAAAUGUAUUUUGCACUUCUUUAAGUGAUUUUUUUCCUAAAAUAGUUUUCUGCUCAACUGAAUUGUGUAAUUUAUGUAAAUGAUGUGUGUGUGUGUGUAGAUGGAAGGAGAGGGAAGGUCAAUCUGUGUUCCUACAGCCUGUGCAUUUUCUGCCUUAUCUAUGUAUGAAAUGGUGCAGCUUCUGUUUGUUUAAAGGUCCUACACUGAAAGAAAAGGCCACCAGCAAGAAAGGCACCUUCCUCCCACAAUAGUUUGAGUAUUGUGCAACAGAACAGAUUGUAUCAGUUAAAAAAAAAAAGUCACGUCCCUGAUAAAACAGUAUCAGAAGCUUGUAGAGAUCAGGUCUCCCUUCUCUCAUUGUUACUCAGCUGCUUUUAUGUAACAAAAUGCCAGCAUGGUGAUUCUAAUCUAAUUCAACUGCACAAGCACGCUUACUGAAAGUCCAGAGGCGUGUUUUUAAUCCUCUCCAACACGAUCUAAUGAGGAUGGCAAAACAGGAAGCCCUCUUGCACAGAUCCUUCCUCACUAUAAUGGCAAAGUGGAAGGUGCCAUCUGUCAUUUCAUGCCAUUAUAUUGGAAAGUGCUAUCUCCUCUAAACUCCUUGCAGCAGCUGCUCCUGAAGGCUCAGCUCUUUGUCCUGAGCAGGCAGCUGUCUCUGCCACCCCCUUGGGAACAGUUUUGUUUUCACAGAAUCAGACAGGGCUAGAAGUGAUCUCAGAGGUCGUCUGGUCCUUCCGCCAGCUGCUGGGAUGGAUGGGCACUCCUGACAGAUGUUCUCCCUGGCAGGCAGAGAUUCUGGCUCUCUGAGACCAAACCUAAGCUGCCUUUCCUACACUGUGAGACCUAUCAGCUCCUAAUGCAUGUAGUGGCAGUUUGGUGCCCAGUUAUUUUUCAGCUAUGACCAUUUAUUCAAGCAAUAUGAUUUUGUGAAAAUAUAAGCUUUUACUUGAGGAAUCUAUUGUGAAGAUGGUGCCUUGGUCUUUUAGAAAUAUUCUCUCCUUAAAUUUUAUUCUCCAGGUUGCAUGCUUCCUAUUCCACUACCCCCUGUUUAGCCUUGCUAAACCACUGACACGAAAAUCCAUUAAAUUCCUUGGCUGCAAGACCAAAAAGCAUUAAAGAUUUAAUUUUAAAUGAAUAAGGCAGCCUGCAUCUCUUCAGAUCUACUACAGACUUUCUGUAAGGACGUGGCACUGGGUAACACCAUUAAGCUGAAACAAAAAUACAAUCAGUGCCUACAAAUUAAAGUAAUUCAGAGAAUGAGAGAAUGGGCAUGGUGCAUUGAGAUCUCUGUUCCUUUAGAAUAAAUGCAUCAGUACAAACUCCCUGCUAAUUUGCAAAAGAAAUUGUAGUGUAAAUUUUCAUUAGUGGGCACACUUUUUAGCAGAUGCUUAUACUAAUAAAUGUCUGUGGUAAUAACGAGAUAUGCUUGGCUUCUCUAACACCGAUUGAUGUAUUCUGCCCAUACACACCUGCAUUCAGAAGCACAGAAAAGAGUAUUAUUCUCUAUAAGAAGAAGGAACAUUGAAAGCCUCAAACAGUCCUGCAUUUGCAACAGAAACAGAAAGGACUUUUUGAAUGACUGGCCAGUGAUAAGUGAAAAAAAGUCCUAUUGUGUAACCACACAAAGCACUGGAGACAAGACAAACCCAUUUACAUAUGAGAACUCAGACCUCAAGCAAAUCCUAUAAGAAA